AUGCCACCAAGAUCACACAAAGGUAGGCGAGAACUGUACAUUGCCACGCCUAAGAUGGUCAACGGCCCUGAUGUCCUGACUGCUCUAGUGCACUGGCAAGAUAGACUGCAGUUUAUCACCUACUCUCCUCCUGCGGCAGUCACAACUCCCAAAAUUGCCCGGGACCUGCCGAUAGCACCUUCCCAGAAGUACGAACAGGUCUUCUUUUUUGCUGUGGAGGUUUCCCCUAUUCUGUUGUCUGCAUUCUUCAUUAACUCGCUCGGAGAUUUGAUUCACGACCACCCCUUGACUCAAGAAGCAAUAUCAGUCCUAGGGGGGUUUUAUGCAUGUUGCAACGGAAACGUAAUAUCCUUGUCUAACUCUGAGAAGAACGCCAUUCACACGAAGUGGCUUAAGCUGCGACAUGCUACUUUGAGUGAGCUACAGGAGCCCCAAAGCGAUCGGUUUGAUGAGGAGGAUAUCGACAUUGAAGUAGCAUCUCGCUUGGAAGCUUUAGGGUCUAGAACAAAUUGUCUCCAAGAAGUCAACCACGAUCUUCAUCAGCAAGUUGAAGAUCAAAUGUUGGAGUACUUCAUCGAAGAUCUGGAAAUGUGGGCCAAGUUACAAUACUGGAUCGUCUCUUGGACGAGCGAUAAGCAGACCGAUUCGUUAAGCAUUUCAUACGAUACCUCGUCCUAUUCUCAACUCCGAGGCCUCGAGCUAACAAAUAUCGCAUCGCGCUUCCAGCGAGAUCUUAUUGCCACCAUCCAUUUUCACUCUCGCUCCAGUAUCGCAACGAGCAUGCUGCCUCUCUACCAUUGUGUCAAUGUGGACAUAUCAAGAAUGUUUUGUGAUACGAACUGGUGUCUCUGA